CCAAGUUUUGCCACACUGCAGCCGACGGACGCCCCGCACUCUUGUCUCCAUCGUCUAGGUUUUCGCUUUGCCAACGCUACGCCGCCGAAAAUAUGGCCUCCAACGCCAAUGACGCCCGCCGUGACGCCCAGCCGGGGAGCCGCGACGCCGCGAAUCUCGUGCGCCUUCGCCGUAUCGGGCGCUCCGAGGCCGGUUUCGACGCGGCCCAGCGCGUGGAGAAGGGCGCUGCCAACCAGGUCAAGUCCGAGCGUACCUCGCUCGCCCGCUUGAGGCCGAAGGACGUCGGCGAUGCAGAGGGUUCUGCACGCCGGAGAAUCACAGAGCGCGCCAAAAUUGUCCCGCUGCAGCCGGCAUCGGAUGGAUGCGUGGAGGAGGAGGCUCGGAUCAACAAGAGGAAAGCUGAUUCGCUGGAAGUAAUCCAUAUUAGCGACGAUGAAACUGUCGUCGCAGUCCCACCGACCAAGAUCAAGAUCAAGAAGAAAGCGGCCGCGGGAGACAGUCGAGGUUCUCGACGCGGACGCGGACACGAACGCGGAGAAAGCUCUGCAGCUAAGUCGGCAGUGGCUGCUUCGUCCUCACAAGGCAACCGCUGCUGGCUGAUUGCGCCGUCUUCACCGGUGCCUAACAGGAGCCUGUUCACGGCGCCACCGGCUUCUCCGGUGGCUGAUGACGCCGGCCAUCUCCAAGAUGAAACUAGUUCGGUGAAUGAAGAAGAAAGUGAUGCAAGUUUGGGAUCGGACGAAGUAGACGAAACAGAACUGUAUCUGCUCGCUUGUGUUUCUGAGAUGAUCGCUAACGAUAGCGAUAGCGAUACAAGAAAUAAUUUUGCAAAUGGUGAAGGGACUUCAGAAGAAGGUAGGACUAGAAACUGCACAGGAGAGCUUCCCGUGGAGCGCGAUAAUUAAGCUGGAAACACCGAAGGCAAAGAGAAAGGGGGAUACAGGUCGUCAUUGGUAUAAGGAUUUUGUGUCAGUUCGAAGAGGCAUGUUUGUCGACCUAAAAGCAAUUAUUGCUAGAAAUUUACCAAGUUUUUGGACAUUUUAUUAUCUAUCUACUGAGUUUGUACUCUUAUUGGUUGGAGUACUUUCUAACUGAGACCCGAUAUUUUGUAUAUUUGAGAUCUCCACAAAACUCUGUAAUUCAAUUAAAGUAUUGGUGCAAUAGCCACCAAGUGUUCUGUUA